UGAGUUGUUAGAGUGAGAAGAGCAUUUUGAGUGAGGUACAAUUAUUUAAUGGAGAGAACGGCGGACGGACUGCCUUCCCGAUAAGUCCGGUGGUUGCUGGAAAACUUAGAGCGAGAGAGAGACUUAGAGAGAGAAAGAGUGAGAGGGCUAAGGGAAGGGGAGCUAGGGCAUCAUGGGAAAUCCCGCUUACACUGGGUUUUCGAUAAACGAGGCAAUAAAUUUGCCGGAAAAUCCAUGAAAAAUAGCCUUUUUGCUCACGAUUCUAGGAGCUUUUUCUGCAAAUCCAUGGCGUUUUAGCUGGAAAUCUAUCAAUAUCCGGUUUUAAAGGGAGUCAUUUAUACGCGAAAGCCAGUUGAUACUCGGUGAAAAUAAUAUCGAGAGGAGUUUGGAGCGAAGUCACUUUAAAUGGGUGGGGUUUUAGGGCUGAAAUCUAAGGAAUCAGACACCUGAAACUCUAUGAAAACCAGGUGUAUUCCUGCUUUUUCGGAAGAAAUCAGUGAGGAUUUGUGCAAAUUUGCACCGUUAAUGGAAAUCCUUUGUUAAACUGUGAAAGCUGGUGAUUGCACAGUUGGAAGAAUUUUCAGAAAAAAAAUCGAGCCAUUAUUCGGCAAUUUCAUGGAGUUUUUAGUUGGAAACCAUGAAAUCCAUGGCUUUUGACAGUAGAGAAGCCAUUUCCCAAACUGAGACGCGUGGCGCAAGUAAACAAGCGGUUUCGGAGUUGAAGUUGAAGAUCCAUCUGAGACAGUGAGGAGCUAGGGUUGAAGUUUAUUUUAAUUCCGCCAUUUUUGAAAGCUUCAAAGAGAGUGUUAAAGCUCUCGUUGCAGACUGUAUCAUUUUUCCCUUCAUUUUCAGGAAGUUGUUGAAGUCAUUGAGCAAGCUAAGCAAGAAGCCACUUGAAAAUUUACAGUUGCAGUUGUACAAAAAGAGAAGAAAAAGCCUGAGUUGGCCGAGUUCUUUGAGGGAGAAACUGCGAUAUCGUACAAGCCUAAAAGUCUCUUUUAUACAAAGUUCGCAGUACUAUACGGUCGCCAUGAAUGCUUAGCUGUGUUCUCAGAAGAAAACAAAAACCCUAAAUUCCCAUCCAUUAAGUGGCCGUUAACCCAUGAUUUCCCACCAUCAUUAGCUCUCAGAAACACAAAGAGGAAUCCAUUGCCGUUAACCCGUGAUUUCCCACCAUCGUUAGCUCUCAGAAACACAAAGAGGAAUCUGUACAAAAGUUCAUUAUCAAGGAGAAGGAGAGAAAAGUCUGAAAGUUUUCCCGGUUUUUCAUAAGAGGAAUGAAAGUAUUCACAUGGAGCCUGACGACGCACUCAUCGCCCAAGUUUCAAAGCGACCCAAGACCUCAAAUGGCCUCUUCUCCAAACCAGUAGCUUCGAAAUCAAAGACCAAAAAACCAGGCCAUGACCAUGGAGCCACACAGGAAGAAGAAGACGCCGAAGAAGAAGAAGAAGAGGAAGAAACCAAGGCGAGCAAGCAAGCUUUCAGCCAUGGCGGCUGGCCCCAUCACCUCCACACAUCAAGGAUCAUUAGGGUUUCUAGGCAAUCGGGGGGUAAAGACCGCCAUAGCAAGGUGAUGACUGCAAAAGGUUUAAGGGACCGCAGGGUUAGGCUCUCAGUCUCCACAGCUAUUCAAUUCUAUGACCUGCAAGAUAGGCUCAACUAUGAUCAACCGAGCAAAGCAGUUGAAUGGUUGCUUAAAGCUGCAUCAGACGCCAUAUCAGAGCUUCCAUCUCUGCAAGGCUCGUUCCCCGAUAAACCCAGCAAGCCUGAAUCAUCCGAGCCUGUGUCCGACCCUAGGUCCGAGCCUGAGGCCGAGCCUCAAGGCCUGAACCCACUGACUGGUUCAGGCUGUUGCAGCAGCACCUCCGAGACCAGCAGGGGCUCGGUUUUAUCCCUUUCUCGCUCAGACCUGAGGGUGAAAGCUAGACAGAGAGCGAAGGAGAGAACCGCGAAAGAGAAAAGUAGAGCUUCGGUGCAAAACCUAAGCCUAAAUGCAGAGGCCCAUGAUAACAGUGGAACCAGCAAAAGCAAUAACAAUAGCAGCAACAACAACAACGGCUCAUUUACUGAUCUUUUGCUUGAUGGGAACCCAAGCUCCAUCUCUGCAACCCACCAGCAAAACCCUAGCUUUAUGCAGAAGCUCCACCAUGAAUACCUGAACUCAUACAUGAGCGGCCCCACCAUGCUCAACUCAAGCCUGAUCCACCCCCACAGACCUCAAAACCCCAAUUCUUCAUCUUGCCUGAUCACAACAACCCAAACCCAGUCGACCCAUCUCACCAAUCCCUCUCUCUCUCCUCCAAACUCCAUGACCAUGGCUCAAUUCCACCAAAACCCCACCAACUCAAGCGGUUUCUUGGGGGUGGAUAACCAGGAGUUGCAGAGUUUCUCAUUUGUGCAAGACCAUAUGGCACCUGUGACCUCGAACGAUUACAACUUCUCGAUGCCCAGUUUAUCAUCAUCUGGGUAUCAUAGGGGGACCCUUCAGUCCAAUUCUUCUCCAUUUACCCACCUCCACUUUCAAAGGUUCUCUCCUUCUGAGAACUCGAACACGAAUGUGCCUUUCUUUAUCGGGACUUCGGCAGCUGCUGCUGCCGUGGCAGCUGUGGCAGCGAGCGUAGAUAAUCAGUAUCAGGCGGGCUUGGAUGCUCGGCUUCAGCUUUGUUAUGGUGAUGGAUACAGGCAUUCAUCUGAUCUCAAAGGGAAGGGAAAGAGAUGAUGUUUUCAAAUCAAUGGAGUGAAAAGUUAUGGAUCUAUCAGUCUUCUUCUUCACUGUGUGUCCUCAAAACCGUUCAGCCACCAUCCAAGCAAAGGGGCACGGCGACUUAGGAGAGAGAAUAUAAGAACGAAUUUUGUUUCUCUCUCCUCCAUUUACUACUGCAAAAAAAAUUAAUUAUUUGCAUUUAGAAGGGUUAAAUGGCUCGAGAUUUUGGGAUGUAACACAAAUAUGUUUAUUUGGGAGUGGACCUUUUGUUUUUCUUUUUUGUAUUUUUUAGAAAUAUAUUAAUUAUUCUGGAAUUGAGUGAAUGGGUGGCUUAUUAAAAAAGGAUGUGGUUUGUAUAAGGUCGAGGCCUUAAAUAAUCAAAGUAAGGCAUGCCUUUAAGUAA